CUACUUCCUUUCUCGUAAAACCAAAACAAAGCUUCAUACUACUUUCAGGUACAGCAUCUGGGAUCAAAGCUAUAUAUACACACUGGCUCUGUGUGGGUUCAAACAUUUUGAAAAUUCACUAUCCUGAAAGGUGCCACCUCUUUUCCAGUCCUGAGAGUUCCAGUUUGUCUUAAAGUCUGAAGUCAUCAGACACCGUCAGCCCCUUCAGCAUCUGUCCCAGCACAGGAAUGCUCUCAAUAUUGGUCACCGUGGGCUUUCUCUGCACAGCCACUGCCAUUGCUGAAGUAAUGGAAGUGACUCAGCCAGCAAUGGUGCUGGCCAACAGGCAAGGAGUUGCCAGCUUGGUGUGUAAAUACAAGAACAUUGGGAAUGCAAAGGAAAUUCGAGUGACUUUGCUUAAACAGACUGGUGACCGGUUCACAGAAAUCUGUGCUUCAUCAUACACCACGGAGUUUAAAACCUUCUUUGUGGAAGAGGUCAUUCAGUGCCAUGUUACCCCCGGCCGAAACAAUGUGACGCUCACCCUGGCUGGCCUGCAAGCAAAUGACACCGGGCUUUACAUUUGCAAGAUGGAGCGGAUGUACCCCCCACCCUAUUUUAUGAACAAGGGCAAUGGGACACAUCUCUAUGUCAUUGAUCCAGAACCUUGUCCAGACACAGCCAUAUAUCUCUGGGUAUUAGGAGCUACUGCCUCAGGAUUUUUUCUUUACAGUAUCAUCAUCUCAGCCAUUCUUGUGGGCAAAGCGAUAAAGAGAAGACGAUGUCUCACUACUGGAGUCUAUGUGAAAAUGCCUUCUGAAAAGCUAGAGAAAAAAGUGAUUCCAUUCCACAUCAGCGUUGACUGUAACAAGGAAAGAGAGAAACCAUUUCCUAGCUGGAAUGGAGGGUCUGCUAAUUCAUUUCAGUUAAAGAAAUAAAUUAACUGUAUUUUUACAAAAGGUAUACAGGAAGGUGAAAGAAUAUUCUUCGUAUUUUCUAUGGUUUGGAGGAGAAAAAAUAGUAUAUGUAUUCAUAUUUGAAGAUUAACCCUGUCACAUAAAAAUGGCUACAUUAAGCCAUUGACUUUUUUGAGGCGUAUUAUACCAAUAUGUAAUAUAUAUAUGUGCGUAGCAUUAAGAGCUAUUGCUGUUGCAAUUGAGCAUCUUACUGUCAAAUUUCAUCAUGCCUACUGAUCAACUGAAAUCCAAACACUAUUGUGACAGAGGCUUGUGUGUCAUUGCAAGGCUAAUCUACAAGUCUGGGGGGCAGAGGUAGGAGAGCACACUAAUGUACAAAGGAAUGUUGACAUUUUCCCUGCAUUGAUAUUUAUUGGUUCCAUUUCUGGCAUUAGUGCUCUGCACUUCCACACAGGCCUCCCCAUAGGCUGGCAUUGGUGACACUGCUGCUCAAGAGGCCUGAUCUUAGCUCCCCUAAGUGGCUUUGUGUCCCAGAAGUGCUGUGAUGAGCUGACUGAUGAUCUCUGAGCCUGUACUGACAGUUUGGUUAGAGAAAACGCUCCAGCAGGAGCCCUCUUAGGCUGUGCUGGGAAAAUGCUCCAGCUCUACUGGGGCCUCAUGAUUUACAAAUGCUAAAUUAGCAUCUAUCCAAAAGGCAGAAGUAUGUUGCUGUGUUUAAUGAAGUCUAUUUUCCAUGAAAAUACUGACAGUGUAUAAUCUUGUUUAUUAGUUAUGUACCAUUCAAUAAAAACCUUGAAGCUUUGCCCAAA